GUUGGGAUAUAUUAUCCCGGCCUAUUACUGUUCAGGAGCCGAAGACAUUAUCCAGUACGGAGCCCAAGCAGCUAGGCCCAUUUCGGCCCAUCCGGCCCACUUUGACCACCAGGCCUGAUACCGGCCCGUUUGGCCCAUUAGGGUGGAGAGCCCCUUCUCUCCUUCCCCUAUAAAUACGGAGCUUAGCCUCCAUGUAAAGGAUCCUCUUUUAGCUUCAUCUUCCUCCUUCUUUUAGACUUAGCUCAAUACUCCAUUAAUGGGAGCUUGUACAAUGUAAUGGUGAGGAGAGUCCUAAUGAGAAAGAGAGGGCUUGGACAUUAGCCUAAAAAGUCCCGUGGUUUUCUCCCUUUCGGGUUUCCACGUAAAAACUGAGUGUUCAUACAUAUAUUUACUAUAUCGUGUUGGAUUAAACUCAACACUGGCGCCGUCUGUGGGAAUCUGUCCAAAAAGAUUCAUGUAUUCUGCUGUUCUGAGUUUUCUACAAAAAAUAAAAAUUCAUACGAAGUGGACUGAUUCCAGUAAAAAAAAAAAAAAAAAAAAUCUAGGAAGAAAGGUUCUGGGAAGGGACAGAGGAAGCUGCAAAAUCUGGAUUUUUUCCAGAUCUGUUCUUGAGGCCGCCGGAGCUGCCGUAACCAUCCCCGCCGCAAUGAACCUCCGGCGAGUGGAGCCGCACCGGAUGGAGCUCCAGCAGCGUCCUAGGCCACACCACCGGCAACACAGGUCCUGGCAGUCCAACUGACCGGGUCGACGUCGGAAUAGACCGUCCGAGUUCGCCGCCGUAGCCACAUCGGGCCUCACUCCAACCGCUGUUGCGGACCCCGUCAACCAGUGAACCGUGUCUUCACCUCCGUCGCAGUUCGACCUCCAGUCAGGUAUGCUUCCCCAAAUUAAUGGUGGUUCGGAGCGCAGUGAAGUGAAAACCAAAGCUCGAUGGAUCUCCCCGGGAAACCGCGCCCUCUGGCCGACCUUGUUCUGCCGCGACCACCAUCUCCGCCGAUGUGAGGCGGCCGGCAAGUACAGCCUGCCCCUGGGUGGGUGCGGUUAAAGGGGUGUUCCCUCUGCCUCGCCUAAAGGAUACUCCGUAUCAGAUACUAUGGUCCCAAGCAGACCACGUCCGCAUGUCUAAGGCCAAGCAAUGGGGGGCCAACUUUAUGGGAGGAGCUUUGACCAAGUCAAGAUGGGGAAAAUACUCAAGUAGCUCAUUUUUCACUACUACAUGGCAUCACAUGGCCGAACCUCCAUAAAGCUAAGUACCCACACCUUAAGUCGGUACAUUUAUUUAUUGAUGCUACAGAGUAAUUUUCUUGCUACUAGUUAAUAUGUGAUCACCAUUAUUUAAUAGGGAUUUAAGUAUCCCGAAAUUAAAUAAUGUCGAGCAAAAUUCAAGUGAGUAAAGCUCUAGUGAUAAGUUAUUUUUAACCAUCAUUUUAAUUAAUGACUGGUUGUUGUGGGCCCGUCGGCCCGCUCCUGAUCGACUUUGAUUAGCGAACGGAGUAUACUUGAAUGGCCUUUGAUAGGAAAGUAUCAUUACUGUUACCGGUUAUAUCACUAUUAUUUAUUAGGGAUAAAAAUGUCCCGAAUUAAAUAAUGCGGAGCGAAACUCUAGUGAUAAUUAGUUCGGCCAAUAUUUUUAUUGGAUAUUUAAUUUUUUGUGGGGCCUGUUGGCCCACUCUCGAUCAGCUUGAUUAAGUGAUCCGAGCGUCCCCAGAAGGGCGAUGCCCCGACGACGCAUUUUAAUUGGAGGGUUGCACAUUAGUCCACACGGCACUACGUGCCCGAUCGACGACCGUACCCCAGAACUAUCCGCGCCGCUAGGCGCGAAGUGACUAUUGCCAAACGUGGCCUAUGGGGCCCGAGGGCAGCAAAGCACUCAACCUCGUUUUUCCGAGGGCAGUGCGACUAACUUGGGUCUGAGUUUGAAAACUCACAGACCGAUGAAUAUUUUUGUGUGACGUUCGGCGGGCUGCUAAUUGGCCCCGCCGCGAGCUGCUACGUCCAUUGACCCCGCACGAUGAGCCGGGCCGAGGGUCACGACGACCCAUAGGCCGGUAAUCGUGGAUGUUAAAGAGAAAGCCAUGCAAAUGGCUAUGUGUGUAUACAUAUUGUUGGGCCGUGCGGCCGUUACCAUGCUUAUUGCGCAGUUGGAGCCACUCGACGCGCUCGAGCAAAAUGAUUAAAAGACGCUCGGGCCUGAGCCUCGAAGACGUUCAUGGCCAGCUAAAGAGGAGACCACCAAGGUUGAGAACCGUGGGACGAACACCCCCACCCCGGAGACCGAUGGCUCGGGAAAGAACACCUUGUAGCCGAGGGUCUAGAGGGGACUACCACGACGGAGAAUCGUGAGACGGUCACCCAUCAUUCUGAGGCCGAGGGCCUAGAGGAGAUCGUCACGGCCGAGGGCCGUCUGACAUCAUCACAGCAUGACCGGCCUCUCGGCGCGGCAUGUUCAUGUUGAAGACCGGCCUCGUCCCCGCGCUGCGCGGGGCGAGGACCGUUACUAGAUUCUUUCAGGUCGGCCUGUCACCGCCGACAUCAUUAUAUCACGACCGGCCUUUCGGGUCAGCGUGCUUAUCCUUAGAAGACCGGCCUUGUCCCCGCACUGCGCGGAUGAGGACCGUCGCUUGGAUUUCAGGUCGGCCUCUCAUUGCCGACAUCAUUAUAUCACGACCGGCCUCUCGGCACGGCGUGAUUAUCUUAUUCGAAGACCGGCCUCGUCCCCGCCACCCCGCGGACGAGGGCCGUUGCUUGACCAUAUCUUGAUCGGCAUCUCAUGGCCGACACUAUCAUACCACGACCGGCCCCUCGGCUCGGCAUGUUCAUCUUUUGAAGACCGGCCUCGUCCCCACACCUCGCGGACGAGGACCGUUGCUUGGUUCUUUCUGGUCGGCCUAUCAUUGCCGACACCAUUGUAUCACGACCGGCCUCCCGGCUCGGCGUGCUUAUCAUGUUUGAAGACCGGCCUCACCCUGCUCCUCGCGGAUGAGGGCCGUUGCUUGAUUCUGUCAGGUCGGCCUCUCAUUGCCGACAUCAUUACAUCACGACCGGCCUCCCGGCUCGGCGUGUUUAUCAUAUUUGAAGACCGGGCUCAUCCCCGCGAUGCGUGGAUGAGGACUGUUGCUUGAUUUCAGGUCGGCCUCUCAUUGCCGACACCAUUAUAUCACGACCGGCCCUCCCGGCUCGGCGUGCUUUCCAUAUUUGAAGACCGGCCUCGUCCCCGCGCUGCGUGGAGGAGGACCGUUGCUGGAUCUCAGAUCGGCCUCUCAUUGCCGACAUCAUUAUAUCACGACCGGCCCCCCGGCUCGGCGUGUUUUCCAUACUUGAAGAUCGGCCUCGUCCCCGCUCCUCGCGGAUGAGGACCGCUGAUUAUCUCUCUUUGGAUCGGCCCCAGCGCCGACGUCAUACAUGGCCACCGACCUCCUGGUACAGUGCCACCAUCAUAUUUGAAGACCGAUUUCAUCCCCGCGCUGCGUGGAUGAGAGCCGUUGCUCGGAUAUAUCGGCCUGAUCGGACACUAUUGUCAUCUCUUUAUCAGGACCGUCUGCUCAGCGACAUUAUGAUCAUUGUUUAUCGGCUCCCAAUGCCGACCUUCUUGGGUUAGCGAUCGGACUCACCCCUCCCCUCCAGGAGGGUGACCAUCGCCUUCGCAUGACGACCAGCUAUUCCAUCGCCUCGUCAUUUUAUUCGUGUUGGUAUCCCACCACCAUUACGUGUGACAUCACUGGUGGUCAUUCUUGGAAACCGACGAACGUAUUUUCCUCCCUCAAAAAAAAAAAGAAAAAAAAAAGAAAAAAAAAAAAGAUGGGGAGAAGAGGAGGGUAGCUCCUAUGCGAAAGGGAAUCUUGCCCGGGCGUGCCAGAUCUUCCCCCACCGCCGAAGACGAACGCCUCUCGAUGUAGAGGUUAGUAGAGACGCGGAGGGGGCUAGACGAACCAAGGGAGCCUGCCAAGAUAAACCUGUUUAUCCCACAAAUGACCAUGGAUCGAUGGACGUGGGAUAACAAAGUCGGGAACCCGUGAGGGUAAACCUGUUCCUCCUUGCGAUGUCUGCGGAUACCGAACGUCUCCUCGAAGUAGGGACGCCGGUAGGACCAAGGACCAAGGACGAACGAAGAAUAUAGAUUGCCUCCCUCAAAAAAAAAAAAAAAAAAAAAAAAAAAGAUGGGGAGAAGAGGAGGGUAGCUCAUAUGCGGAAGGGAAUCUUGCCCGGGCGUGCCAGAUCUUCCCCCACCGCCGAAGACGAACGCCUCUCGAUGUAGAGGUUAGUAGAGACGCGGAGGGGGCUAGACGAACCAAGGGAGCCUGCCAAGAUAAACCUGUUUAUCCCACAAAUGACCAUGGAUCGAUGGACGUGGGGUAACAAAGUCGGGGACCCGUGAGGGUAGACCUGUUCGUCCCUGCGAGUCCUUGGGUACCGAACGUCCUCUUCGAAGCAAGAGACGUCGGUAAGGCUAAAAGGACCACGGACGAACGAAAAAAGGGGGGAAUCUCGAUGUAGAUAAACCUGUUCAUCCUUGCGAUGUCGGCGGACACCGAACGUCUCCUCGAAGUAGGGACGCCGGUGGGACCAGGGACCAAGGACGAACGAAGACUAAAAGACUCCAAAAAAAAAAAAAAAAAAAAAAAAAAAAAAAGAUGCCAGAAGAGCACGGAGCAAAGAAUGAUUUUAUCCCUCGGCACUAUUGGCCGGGAGGUACAAACUGAAAAACAUACAAAAGAAUAAUUACAAAAUUUAAGUAUGAAGAAUGAAGUGGCCGACGACGAUCGGCUAAAAUCAUGCUUUCUUUUGCCUUGGACGAUGAAUACCAGCUCCCCAGAUCAGACAGAGGGACGACGCCCGGGUCCACCCUUCCUCCCAGGAUGAAGUCCUGGCAGACGAUCGGCUUCUCAGCGCCAUCGUGUCUCUUUCACGUUCGGAUCGCCCCAUUCCCUCCAGGAUGGCGACGAACGUCUUAUGCAGUGCGAUCGGCCCCUCAGCGCCAUCGUACCUGGCUUCACGGUUCGGCUCGCCCAUUCCCUCCAGGAUGGCGAUGACCGUCUCAUGCGGCACGAUCGGCUUCUCAGCGCCAUCGUGUCUCUUUCACGUUCGGAUCGCCCCAUUCCCUCCAGGAUGGCGACGAACGUCUUAUGCAGUGCGAUCGGCCCCUCAGCGCCAUCGUACCUGGCUUCACGGUUCGGCUCGCCCAUUCCCUCCAGGAUGGCGAUGACCGUCUUAUGCGGCACGAUCGGCUUCUCAGCGCCAUCGUGUCUCUUUCACGUUCGGAUCGCCCCAUUCCCUCCAGGAUGGCGACGACCGUCUUAUGCAGUACGAUCGGCCCCUCAGCGCCAUCGUACCUGGCUUCACGGUUCGGCUCGUCCAUCCCCUCCAGGAUGGCGACGACCGUCUUAUGCAGUACGAUCGGCCCCUCAGCGCCAUCGUACCUGGCUUCACGGUUCGGCUCGCCCAUCCCUUCCAGGGUGGCAACGAACGUCUUAUGCAUCACGAUCGGCCCCUCGGCGCCAUCGUGUCCAGAUUCACGUUCAGCUCGUCCAUCCCUUCCAGGGUGGCGACGAACGUCUUAUGCAUCACGAUCGGCCCCUCAGCGCCAUCGUGUCCAGAUUCACGGUUCGGCUCGCCCAUUCCCUCCAGGAUGGCGACGACCGUCUUAUGCAGGACGAUCGGCCCCUCAGCGCCAUCGUAUCCAGCUCACGUUCAGCUCGUCCAUCCCCUCCAGGAUGGCGACGAACGUCUUAUGCAGUGCGAUCGGCCCCUCAGCGCCAUCGUACCUGGCUUCACGGUUCGGCUCGCCCAUUCCCUCCAGGAUGGCGACGACCGUCUUAUGCAGUACGAUCGGCCCCUCAGCGCCAUCGUAUCCAGCUCACGUUCAGCUCGUCCAUCCCCUCAAGGAUGGCGACGAACGUCUUAUGCAGUGCGAUCGGCCCCUCAGCGCCAUCGUACCUGGCUUCACGGUUCGGCUCGCCCAUUCCCUUCAGGAUGGCGAUGACCGUCUUAUGUAGCACGAUCGGCUUCUCAGUGCCAUCGUGUCUCUUUCACGUUCGGGACGCCCAUUCCCUCUGGGAUGGCGACGAACGUCUCUUAUGCAGCACGAUCAGCGCCCCAGCGCCAUCGUGUCUGGCUCACGUUAGGGUCGCCCAUCCCUUUCAGGAUGGCGACGAACGUCUUUUAUGCAGCACGAUCAGCGCCCCAGCGCCAUCGUGUCUGGCUCACGUUAGGGUCGCCCAUCCCUUUCAGGAUGGCGACGAACGUCUCUUAUGCAGCACGAUCAGUGCUUCUUGCCAUCGUGUCUAGCUCACGUUAGGGUUGCCCAUCCCUUUCAGGGCGGCGACGAACGUCUCUUAUGCAGCACGAUCAGUGCUUCGUGCCAUCGUGUCUAGUUCACGUUAGGGUUGCCCAUCCCUUUCAGGACGGCGACGAACAUCUCUUAUGCAGCACGAUCAGCGCUUCAGCGCCAUCGUGCCUGGCUCACGUUAGGGUCGCCCAUCCCUUUCAGGAUGGCGACGAACGUCUCUUAUGCAGCACGAUCAGCGCUUCAGCGCCAUCGUGUCUGGCUCACGUUAGGGUCGCCCAUCCCUUCCAGGAUGGCGACGAACGUCUCUUAUGCAGCACGAUCAGCGCCCCAGCGCCAUCGUGUCUGGCUCACGUUCGGGUCGCCCAUCCCUUUCAGGAUGGCGACGAACGUCUCUUAUGCAGCACGAUCAGCGCUUCAGCGCCAUCGUGUCUGGCUCACGUUAGGGUCGCCCAUCCCUUCCAGGAUGGCGACGAACGUCUCUUAUGCAGCACGAUCAGCGCCCCAGCGCCAUCGUGUCUGGCUCACGUUCGGGUCGCCCAUCCCUUUCAGGAUGGCGACGAACGUCUCUUAUGCAGCACGAUCAGCGCCCCAGCGCCAUCGUGUCUGGCUCACGUUAGGGUCGCCCAUUCCUUUCAGGAUGGCGACGAACGUCUCUUAUGCAGCACGAUCAGCGCCCCAGCGCCAUCGUGUCUGGCUCACGUUAGGGUCGCCCUUCCCUUUCAGGAUGGCGACGAACGUCUCUUAUGCAGCAUGUCUGCCUCUCGGCGCUGACAUGCUCGAGUUCUCAUUGAGAGCUACCGCUCCUAUCACAUUUUGUAUUCCCUCUCUCAUACAUUGCACCCAUACAUUACAUGCAUUCAUGCAUCAUACCUCAUACAUUCAUACAUACACACGUGCAUCAUGUUUUGACAGUACCGCGACGUCGGUUUAUAGAUGCAUGGACCUCUAAGCUUCUCCGUUGGAAAGCUCGAGUCAGAGUCCUUUACUCUCGCCUGAUGCAUUCAGGGGGAGCGUGCCCGUGGAGGAGCACCCUUCGCCCGACCCCGUCAGGAACGGAGGUGCCUCACCGGCAGAUUACGUUCAGGAGUGUGGACAUCCACUCAUAUAUUAUGAUUAUUCGAAGACACAGGUUCCAGCUAGAUCGAGGUAAAGCGUAGGCAAGAGUAUAUUUUCUCGAGCAGAUUCGCACGCUCACUACUCAAGAAACUGGGGGACUUGUGUUGGGAUAUAUUAUCCCGGCCUAUUACUGUUCAGGAGCCGAAGACAUUAUCCAGUACGGAGCCCAAGCAGCUAGGCCCAUUUCGGCCCAUCCGGCCCACUUUGACCACCAGGCCUGAUACCGGCCCGUUUGGCCCAUUAGGGUGGAGAGCCCCUUCUCUCCUUCCCCUAUAAAUACGGAGCUUAGCCUCCAUGUAAAGGAUCCUCUUUUAGCUUCAUCUUCCUCCUUCUUUUAGACUUAGCUCAAUACUCCAUUAAUGGGAGCUUGUACAAUGUAAUGGUGAGGAGAGUCCUAAUGAGAAAGAGAGGGCUUGGACAUUAGCCUAAAAAGUCCCGUGGUUUUCUCCCUUUCGGGUUUCCACGUAAAAACUGAGUGUUCAUACAUAUAUUUAC